CGAGAUCCCCAGCUGCAGCUUGCGUCUUGAUUUUGAUCCAUCACUUUAUUUUUUUGCACUGUGCAUCAACUGCGAUACCGUUCAGCUUGAUUUAACCAAGGAGAGAUGUCUCCGAACCAGUACGGAGACAAGGAGGCGCAUACACCCUCCGUCGAGCACGACCAAUACAACGAUUCAACGCUACACUUCAACAUCACUACCCCCGGUGUUGAGAGCAAUAAGGGGGACGAAGACAUUCCGCUGGACAAACAUGGACGCCCGAUGGUCAAGUUCGUCUGGUGGCGCAUGAGUCGCAAGAAGCGACUGUGUAUCAUCAUUGGACUGAUCUUGUUGCUCAUCGGCAUCGCCCUCCUUCUCAUUUUCUUGGUCAUCAUCCCUGCCAUUAUCCGGAACUACAUGGACAAGGUGGUGCUAACCAUAAAUUACAUGGACGUCACGGACAUCCCAAACGAUUCCGAGAUCGAUGUGACCUUCAGUGUGAACCUGCAGCACGAUGUGCCCGUCUCGGCCAGCACCGACGAGGUGACAGCCUCGCUUAUCUACGGCGGUGAGGUGUUUGGCACUGCGGCUGUUGAAGGUCAACGGAUUAAGUCGGGUAGCCAGAACUACAACUUGACUAUGAACACGACCAUGGUGAUCUCCGACAUGGACGCGUUCAACGCGAUGGCUGAGGCGAAGAUGCAAGACGACACCGUUCCGAUAACAAUCUCGGCAGACAUCGAUGCCCACGCCUUGGGUUUAUCGUUCAACAACCUCGACUUUGAGCGUACACUCUCUCUCGUGGGUUUCGAUAAUUUCGCAGAGCUGGACGUGGAGGUGCAGCAUAUUGACUUGAGCGGAUGCAGUGACGGGGUGUACGACAUGGAUGUCAAUGCUUCGGUCAAUAACCCGUCUACUAUGGGGCUACAGGGAAUUGGUGCGCUUAACAUGAGUGUCUACUACAAUAGCAGCUACCUGGGCUAUGCGUAUUCCUUGAAACCAGAGCUGGGUAUGCCGCGUGGCGUGAGUAACCAGACUAGCAUCGAAGUGGACGUUCGCGGCGACAACCCAUACUCGACAGAGCAUGUGCAAUUUAAGGAGGCCAUGAGUAAGGUCAGCAUGACGGUAGAGUACGCUGACGGACUCGACAAGGUCGUGUUCAACACCUCAUGUGUAUCCAGCUUUCUGACGGUACUGGGCUACUAGAGCUGACACUUUGAAAGGUCAGUAUUGGAAAACUACCUUUAGACCGAAGAAGCAAUGGCAGAGCAUCCAAAGUGCUGCCGUGGUCACACAACAUUUCUUUAUUUUGAAC